AUGCAGGCUACUCAUCAGUACGACUUCGAGGCCGAGGCCAACACUCAUGAUGCUGAGAAGCAGCAGGAGAAGAAGGAGCCGCUCGAGAGUCAGGAUGCCUUUGGAGACGAGGAGUGCGCCGAGGUGAAGUACAAGGUUUUAAGCUGGUGGCAAUGCGGCUUCUUGAUGGUUGCUGAGACCGUCUCUCUGGGAAUUCUCUCCCUGCCGGCGGUGGUGGCGGCUUUGGGCCUGGUGCCCGCUGUUAUCUUGAUUGUUGGUAUUGGUGGUAUUGCAACCUAUACCGGCUACAGCAUUGGACAGUUCAGAGCACGCUAUCCGCACAUCCAGAGUAUGGCUGAUGCCGGUGAAGUGAUCCUGGGUCCUAUCGGUCGUGAAAUCAUGGGCACUGGCCAGCUUUUGCUGUUGACCUUCAUCAUGGCGAGUCAUAUAUUGACUUUUACCGUGGCUAUGAACUCGAUCACGGACCAUGGCACCUGCUCUAUUGUCUUUGGUGUCGUAAGCAUGGUCAUUUCGUUUCUCAUCUGCUUGCCCAGGACGGCGACCAAGCUAUCCUAUCUUUCCGUGGCUUCUUUCGUCAGUAUCUUGGCGGCUGUCAUUAUCGCCAUGGUUGGUGUCGGUGUGAAGAAGCCAUGGGAUGGUCCAAUCAACGCCACUGUCGACACCAGUCUUUACAAGGCUUUCCUUGCUGUCUGCAACAUUGUCUUUUCUUUCGCCGGAAACGUGGCUUUCUUCGGCUUCAUCGCCGAACUGAAAGACCCCAAGGAGUAUCCUAAAGCUCUGUAUUUGCUGCAAAGCAUUGACACCUCUCUCUACGUCAUUGUCUCCGUCGUGAUCUACUACUAUGCCGGUGACGACGUGGCAUCUCCCGCCUUGGGAUCGGCUAGUCCGAUCGUGCGGAAGGUUGCGUACGGAAUUGCGUUGCCAACGAUCAUCAUCGGCGGUGUUGUCAGCGGCCACAUCGUCUGCAAGUGCAUCUAUGUCCGUAUCUUCCGGAACAGCGACCGCAUGCACAAGAAGGAUUUGGUGGCGACUGGCUCCUGGGUGUUGAUCACCCUGAUAGCCUGGGUUAUUGCUUGGAUCAUUGCGGAAGCUAUUCCCGUGUUCAGUGAUCUUUUGAGUUUAGUUGCUUCGCUCUUCGCCAGCUGGUUCACCUUUGGUGUCAACGGUGUAUUCUGGCUCUUUCUUAAUAAGGGACGCUACUUCUCCACCCCGACGAAAGCGUUCCUGACCAUCGCCAAUCUAAUCAUCAUCGGGAUUGCCGGAUGUGUUUGCGGCCUCGGUCUCUAUGUCUCCGGUAAGGCAUUGCACGAUAACCCCAGCAGUGCUAGUUUCUCGUGCGCCAAUAAUGCGUAA